CGAAAUCUCGGCCGACGGCGUCCUCAAGACGACACAACUCCCCGUUUCUCCCGCAGCCAAUUCUCCUGCUCUCGCAAGCGGAAACCGAACAAGCCUUCCAUCGUCAAAAUGGCUCACGAUAACGUCUGGAACUCGCGCCCGCGCAACUACGGCAAGGGCUCCCGCUCUUGCCGCGUCUGCAACCACACUGCCGGUCUGAUCCGCAAGUACGGCCUCAACAUCUGCCGUCAGUGCUUCCGCGAGAAGGCCGCCGACAUUGGCUUCGUCAAGUACCGGUAAACGAACGACCGAAACAAACGAUGGCAGCCAGGGGUUGAGUCGAGGGGGGAUUGAGACGCGAGGUGUGUGGAUGGGUUGAGAAGCGGACCGGCGGCGUCUCUAUGACGCCAAAAAACGAUUCCAACAGGCCGGCGCCAAGGCAUGUGUUGUUCUUGCUUGGGUUGCUCGGGAACGGAAGGAGCCGGAGCUGGGGGCCAGGGCCAUAUGCGGACUUAGAGGAAGCACUGCGGGCUUUUACCCCCAAGUUCACCGGGCUAUGGAGUUCACACGGCGGGGUUUCUUGCUUGCACGAGUCGCGCCGGCAAAGGGGAAAUACCAAUUCGGAAUGAAUCCUACGCACUCAUCCACCCGUGUAAUCUUGCCCGCCACUGGCCGCUGCUAUCCUGUUCGUUGCUGGGGAAUCGACACGGUUG